AUGCUUUCCGUGUCUUGGGGAUCAUUUAUGGCAGAUGCCAUGCGCAACGCUGGGAAAGAGGGGAGGGUAGGCGCACACCUUUCGACCUCAUCGCCCUCAUUCUCCUCUCCCCUCCACCUGACGCAGUGGUGCAGAGCUCGACGAAAUGCAGCCCAGGCUGCUGGCGUGAAUGUUGUGGUGUCGUCCCUUUUUCCUCCGACGGGGGGAAGGAGGCGGUCGCAUCGCGUGUUGCCUUGCUUACACCUCUCUCCCGUCCUGGAACGGACAGUGCGUACCGUGCUACCGUUCAUCGCCCCCACUGUUGAGCGUCGCGCACGCAUCCGCUUCCGCACCACCACCGCCCCCACGCGAAAGGAUGGAAAGGGUCGUUGUGCGCUUGUUCCGGCCCACACACGCACGUGCGGCGUUGUGCAGAGUCCCGCGUGCAGGUAUGUCUCGGCGCGUGCACUGCUGCGCAUCUCCGUCCAUCUGACGCUCCCUCCCACCCUCCCUCACUUCACUAGCCGUCGCACUUUGGGCCAUUCGCCCAUCAGUGGCGAUGUCGCGUUUAUGGUUCACGGGUCUCCCUCCCCCUCCCCCUCUCCCUCUCCCCGUGUGUGUGUGUGUCUCUACUUGCUACACCGUCAACCUCUCGUACAUGAUAUCGCGCAGCAGCUGUCAAGUGUGCGCACACCGUCGGUGCUCACGGGACACUUGCUUCGCAGUUGUCGGCCCCGCAUCAGCACCACCGCGUCACAUGUCGCAUGUGUAUGUGUUUCGGUAUCGUCAUUCGCUCUCCGUCGUCUCUCACCACACGGCUGCACUGCGCAUGCUCCUUCCUCUGUCGUGACGCCAGCUCUCCCGUCACCCUUUCUCUGGCCUUCCUCCCUUCUUCAUCUUUUUGCAUCUUUGCACACGUCGCGCUCUCUGCUGGCCUCAAGUGUGGUUCCCCAGAUCUCUCUACACACCGCUCGCGUGCUUGCGUGA